CCGGGCCGGCGGCGGCCUCCCUCCGCGGGUCCACCCAUGGCCGGGCAGUUCGACGCCGAAGACCAGGCGAGCUGGUACUGGGGGCGGCUGAGCCGCGCCGAGGCGGUGGGCCUCCUGCAGGGGCAGCGCCACGGCACCUUCCUGGUGCGCGACUCGGGCACCAUCCCCGGCGACUUCGUCCUCUCCGUCUCCGAGAGCUCGCGCGUCUCCCACUACAUCGUCAACAGCGGCGGCGGAGGAGGAGGCGGAGGCGGCGGCGGCGGCCCGGGGCUGAAUCCUUCUAGAUUCCGGAUAGGUGAUCAAGAGUUUGACUCACUACCAGCCUUACUGGAGUUCUACAAAAUACACUACUUGGACACUACAACCUUGAUAGAACCUGUACCAAAGUCUAAGCAUAACAGUGAUGUGGUAUUGAGGCAGGAAGAAGCAGAGUACGUGCGUGCCCUUUUUGACUUUAAUGGCAAUGAUGACGAAGACCUUCCAUUUAAAAAAGGAGACAUACUGAGAAUCUGGGAGAAGCCCGAAGAGCAGUGGUGGAACGCAGAAGACAGUGAAGGGAAGCGGGGGAUGAUACCUGUUCCAUACGUUGAGAGGUAUAGACCAGCCUCUACUUCGGUAUCUGCUCCAAUUGGAGGUAACCCGGAUAGUUUCCACCCACAGCCAUUGGGUGGGCCGGAGCCAGGUCCCUAUGCCCAGCCCAGCAUCAACACUCCGCUCCCCAACCUCCAGAAUGGGCCAAUUUUUGCCCGGGUUAUCCAGAAGCGGGUCCCUAAUGCCUACGACAAGACGGCCUUGGCUUUGGAGGUUGGAGAGCUAGUAAAAGUCACAAAGAUUAACAUGAGCGGCCAGUGGGAAGGAGAGUGCAGCGGCCGGCGAGGUCACUUCCCGUUCACCCACGUCCGGCUGCUCGAUCAACAGAACCCAGAGGAGGAUUUCAGCUGAGUGUGGCUCAAACUGCUCUGCUUACGGAUGGGAAUA